AUGGCUUCAGGGCAUGGCGAUCUUUCGGUAAAGGCUCUGCCGUCCGAACUCCGACAUUACUGCAGUGCUUAUCUGGAAGAAAGACUCUACUCACAGGCCUUCAAUCUCUUAUCAAGCGUUAUAUCCUCCCGGUCUACUGCCUCCGGAAAAGUGUUUGCUCCACCGUCGCAAUACCUCGCAUUAGCCGCGACACUGACUGUACACCCUACUACGACGACGCGGUCAAAGUCAGAAGAAUAUCUCGCUGCGUCUAACUCUGCUCUACAUUUGCUUAAUCUGGCCAACAAGAACUUGGGACCUAUUAAUAGCCGGUUCAGGGAUACCUUUGUUUUUAACCGCUUUGCCAAUUCGAGGAAUGAAAGCCGGUAUGCAACUGAUGGCGAGUCGGCUCUGAGCGGCGCGGACGGCACACGGGUCGAACCGUUGAAUUUAGAUCUCGCGCAAGGGAACUCAUUAUGGUCACGCGCGGAGGACUUUUGGCACGUCGUGGGGUGGGCGCUUAACUGUUCUAUCCUACAUCCCAAGAGAUGGGCCCGUUGGCACCUCUUCCUACAGUUAAUGUGCGAUAUCCUGGAGGAUGACUGGAAGGCAAGAGAAAAGAUAUAUAACGACAUGCCUAAUACCGGCACAAAAUCCAAGAAAGACUGCUCAGUUCUGAUAGACAGCCUGCUGUUCACCUAUAUAUCCACUGCUUCAGACCACGUAGGAAGUGACAGGAGAAUUCUCAGGGCGAUUUUUGCUGAUGGCUCCCAAUCAUCCACAAACGAGUUCAGAGAGAUCUUCCGCAAUGAGCUACAAGAGGUCACAAAGGACAAGGCUCAAGCUGCCCGGAGAAAAGGUGACAUCAACAUCGACGAGGAAAUCUAUGGAGAUUAUCUUGACAACCCUGAGCCGGAAGAGGAAGAUGAUGAGGACCUAGAUGACCCUAUGCACAAGCCGUCAGGCAGUUCUAGUAGGGCUGACCCCAACCGAGUAAAGCGCCAGCGAAGAUCUACCAGGAAGAAAUCUGGGAAAGAUGAUAUCCCUUCUGAUCAUGAAGACGAAGGCCCAAUAAGUGCUCAGUACGACAAAUUAGACCACCUGGGCAGUCUGGACUCACUGACUAUCCGCCAAAGACUUCUUCACUUGCUAUCUCGUGUUUCAAACACUAUACCGGAGCAUUUCAUGACACUGGACAGGCUGUACUCCUUCUAUGUCGAGUUUAUCCGGCACCUCCCGCUCCCUACAUUCCAACUCUUCGUUUCCCCAUCUAUACUCACUCAUUUCCCUUCCGCCUGCCAGACCACUCUUUGCGAAAUGCUGCUAUUCACCAUGCUGGAAAAUGCUGCACCGAACUCAAGAGAGAAGUAUCUGAGUCAAACUAAGCUGGAGCGGUGUUUCCUCCCUUUCACUGCAAAGACACACAGCGUGAUUGACAACGCAAAGGUAUCGAUUCUGCUAGAGUCUUUAAUCCGUCUCCUUGCAAGUAGCGGGAUGAUACUUUCCAGGCCUCAGUUGGCGGAUGCUGUUUCAAAGGGGAUCGAAGCCCGGUCAAAGAAGGCUCGAAUUGAUAUCAAAAGGGGCCAGAAUAAGAAGUUGACGGAGGAGUUUGGAUGGGUGUGGCUCAUUGAGAGUGGAGAUAGGAUAGUGUAUUUUAUAAACUCCCUUAUACCCAAGCAGCCGGAUCCCGAAUACAUUGUCAUUGAGCCAUGA